CAAGUACAAAUUGUAGGUUGAGAAUCACAUAUUUGAAUUUUCCAUCUUAUAUGCAUCUACUCCAGGGAAUUCUAAGUUUCUAGACUUUUUGAGAUCACCAUAUGGUGAAAAGCUUGGGCAGUAUGUUAGGCCAGGUUCAAGAGACUUGAUCUCUCUCCAGAUUGGAUCAGAUGACCCAAGGGGUCAAAGCAACAACACUAGUCAUUGCAUUUGGGGUAGAAUGGGGGUGGGGUUGUGCAGAGAUAAACUCAGGAACUGGCUGAAAAAAAUAGGUUGUUUGUCCAAAGUGUCCAGAUGCCCAGAGCAAAUACACAGGCAGGAAGGAACUCCAAAAAGUGGGGCAUAGGAUAAGUUUAAGGGGGUAAAAUACACCUACCUGAAAGCUGAAUCAGAGGGUCUGAAGCCAGGUCAUCAAGAGUAGCUAUCUUUCCUUCUCCUCCAGGAGAGGAUGACAAGAUGAAGAAUAAGGGUAAAGUCCAAUAUGGCCGGUGUUAGCUGAGACUGGCAAAAGGAUACCCCUGACCUUGACUCUAGAUCCUAAAGAUUCGGAGGGGCCUAGUCUGAAGACGCAUGCAGAGCAGAGUAUCAAAUGAGGGUUGUGAGAAACAGAGGGUUCGUUAGGAAAACUAGAGAUGGAUCCAAAUAGCAUACCGAGAAUGUCUGCUGUGGAAACAAGAAGACAAAUGGGAUGUCAUCGUUUGGAAAGCAUCGCCGUAAGACGCACACGUUGUGCCGCUGCUGGGGUUCGAAGGCCUACCACCUUCAGAGGUCCACCUGUGGCAAAGGUGGCUAUCCUGCCAACCGCAAGAGAAAGUGUAACUGGAGUGCCAAGGCUGAGACUGGUCGAAUGAGGAGGCACCUAAAAAUUGUAGACCGCAGAUUCAGGCAUGGGUUCCAUGAAGGAACAACACCUAAGCCCAAGAGGGCUGCUGUUGCAGAGUCCAGUUCAUCUGAAGGAUUUUAACUACUAGUCACACAAUAAAUGUUCUGGUUUAAAAAAAAAAAAAACAAAUAGCAUACCAAAUUUGUCAAAAUCUCCCAACACAGAUGCAAGCAAGAGCCAAUGUCAGUGAGAGCUGAGCAUGUGAUAAUUGGCUUUUUCUUGGUUCUAAUUUCUUGGAUCCUCUGACCCUCUCCAGGUCAGUCUCUGUUGUGGCUUCACAUCUAGACUUCAAGCUCUAAGUUUUGGAAUGUCCCAGGUUUAGUCUUAGUACU